AUGGGUGCAGUGCGGUACGGGCCGGCAGUGGACAUGUGGUCAGUGGGGUGCAUAUUCGCAGAGCUGCUCAUCGGCAAGCCCAUCCUGCCAGGCAAGAGCGAGAUAGAGCAGCUGGGGCUCAUCUUCCAGCUCUGCGGCACACCGGACGAGAGCAACUGGCCGGGGUGCUCCAAGCUGCCGUACAUGCAGCAGCACAAGAGCGACCGCGUGCUCAAGCGCCGCGUGCGAGACAUCUUCAGAAAUGUGGACAAGCACGCGCUGGACCUGCUGGACAAGAUGCUCACACUCGACCCCAACAAGCGGCUGUCAGCCAAGGACGCCCUUGAUGCGGAGUACUUCUGGGUCGACCCUCUUCCCUGCGACCCGGGCAG